UUACAAAGAUAACCUCGACAACUUGGCAAUUACUCCAAUUUGAAAGAGUAUAGUAACAGAUAACGCAUCAUCUCAUCUCAUCUGAUUGAAGAUAGCAACAUAAAAAAAAACUAGUUCCAGAAUUUAUUCAGUGUGGCCAAUCCUUCAACUUAAAAUGGCAACGCUUAACUUUGGCAUAGCCAUGAGAACAAGAGUGAAUUCUGCUUCUGGUUUCCGAACCACACCCAAAUUCAACCAACGCAAAUCCACAAUUGUCUGCAUUGGAUGGGACCCCGAAGGCAUACUGGCCCCACCCAGUGGUGGCCACCUCGCCCGCCAACAGUUCCGCAAAAGCCUCGAAAAAGACUCCGACGCUCGCGAAGCCUUCGAGCGUCAAGUCCGUGAAGAGAAGGAACGCCUUCAAGCCCUUCGCGAAUCACGUAAAGUUCCUGAAACUCCAAAAGAUCUGAUUGAAUACUUACUUGACACUGAAGCUCAGGAUUUCGAAUUUGAGAUUGCAAGAAUGAGGCCGCGAAUAAACGAGGAAUUCUUUUCGGAAUUAAAAUCGGAGUUGGGACAGAUUCGAUUUGCGGUUAACAAAACACCGGCUAUGGAGGAUAGAUUGGUUGAGCUCGAGGCUCUAGAGAAAGCCAUACAAGAAGGAAAAGAAGCCUAUGAUAAGAUGCAAGAUGAUCUCACAAAAGCCAAGGAAAAUCUAACCAAAAUCUUAACAUCGAAGGAUGUGAAAGCAACAUUGCUGGAUUUGGUUGAACGCAAUGAGGUUAAUCGAACUUUGUUGACCCUUCUCGAUGAAAACAUAUCAUCUGCGCAUGGUGCCAACCAGACGCAAGCUGCAGAGUACAUGGAGAAGCUCCGUGGGGCUGUUCUCAAAUACAUUACAGUUUAGUGCAUAAAGUACAUUUGGUUUUUUACUUCAUUAUCACUAUUUGUGUAAAACUGUGUCGGAUAUACAAUACUAUUGAGCUGAGUUGUCACAGGCAUGCAGCAGAUUUCUUCACUGUGAUAUCAUGAUUCAUGGCAAAUGAAUUGUAAAUUUUGAAAUACUAGUAUGACUAAUGUAUAUUUAGUUGGAAAGCUGGUAAAACUGUUUUUAAAAUCAAAAUAUACACAUUCUGUUAAUUAA